AUGACCUCUCAGGAAGAUCACACCAUGACUACUCAGAUAUACCACACCGUGACCUCUCAAGUAGACCACACCAUGACCUCUCAGAUAGACCACACUGUGACCUCUCAGGUAGACCACAUCAUGACUACUCAGGAAGACCACACUGUGACCUCUCAGAUAGACCAUACCGUGACCUCUCAGGUAGACCAUACCGUGAUCUCUCAGGUAGACCAUACCGUGACCUCUCAGAUAGACCACGCCGUGACCUCUCAGAUAGACCACGCCGUGACCUCUCAGGUAGACCACGCCGUGACCUCUCAGGUAGACCACACCAUGACCUGUAGACCACCUCAUGACCACUCAGGUAGACAACCUCAUGAUCAUUCAGAUAGACCACACCAUGACCUCUCAGAUAGACCACACCAUGACCAUUCAGAUAGCCCACACCAUGACCUCUCUGGAAGACCACACCAUGACCUCUCAGGUAGACCACAUCAUGACCAUGUAGGUAGGUUUCAUCAUGGCCACUCGGAUAGAUUUCCUCUUAACCAUACAGAGAGAGCACUUUCUAGCCACUCAAGGAUAGCUCAUCAUGGCCACACAGAGAGAGGUAAUCGAGCCCACAGAGGGAGAGCUCAUGAUAACCACAGGAGGUUAGCUCAUCACAACCAUGAUGGCAGAUCUCACCGUGACCACUCAGGGAGAGCUUAUCAUGGCCAUGCAGAAAGAGCUUGUAACAACCGGUCAUGGAGAGCUCGUAACAACCAGUCAUGGAGAGAUCGUAAUAACCAGUCACGGAGAGCUCGUAACAACCGGUCACGGAGAGCUCGUAACAACCGGUCACGGAGAGCUCGUAACAACCGGUCAGGGAGAGAUCGUAAUAACCAGUCACGGAGAGCUCGUAACACCCGGUCACAGAGAGAUCGUUAUGACCGCUCAUUGAGAGCUAGUAGCAUCCAGUCUUGGAUGCUUCAUGAAGGAGAAAGAUACCAUGGUCGAAGAGGAAGAUUUGGAACAAGGGGUGCAUCACCACCAGAAUCUGAACCUGAAAUUGACAGAUUUUCUACAGUAAGAGAAAGGACUGAAUAUUUAUGGGCACAGGAACAGGAAAGAAGUGAGAUACUUGAUCUGAAUUCAGAGCUAGAAGAUGACUCCAGCAGCUCUGAAGAGAGUGACGAAAGUUCUGACAGACUAAUCUGUCGCUCCAUGCUAGAUUCACCAUACUAA